UUAUUGUGUCUGUACGUUAUGAACGCCCGCUUGAGAAAUGACGUGGGUUUGUAGAGUUGUGUCGUCACGCAUGUGCGCGCAUGAUUUGUGUACGCGCAGGGCAGUGAUGGAUGAGAUGAGCGUCGCUGGAGUCGCUUAUAAUCAGGAUUUAACACAUAAGACCAUCCUGGUGGGAGACAGCGGUGUGGGGAAAACAUCUCUGCUUGUUCAGUUUGAUCAGGGGAAAUUUAUCCCUGGAUCUUUUUCUGCCACAGUGGGGAUCGGAUUUACGAAUAAAGUUGUGACAGUAGAUGAGCUGAAGGUGAGAUUACAGAUCUGGGACACCGCGGGGCAGGAGAGAUUUCGCAGCGUCACACAUGCAUACUACAGAGAUGCUCAAGCGCUUCUCUUGCUGUACGACAUCACCAGCAGAUCUUCAUUUGAUAACACACGGGCGUGGCUAACAGAGAUUCACGAGUAUGCUCAGGAUGAUGUGGUGAUUAUGUUGAUUGGUAACAAGACGGACAUGUCCAAUACAAGAGUGAUCAGACGGGAAGAUGGAGAGAAACUGGCCAGAGAGUUUGGGGUCAUUUUUCUGGAGACCAGCGCUAAAACCGGACUCAAUGUGGAUCAGGCUUUUAUAACUGUAGCCAAGGAGUUGGUGAGACAAUCUGUACAGAUGCCCGUCCAACCCAGAUUUUACCUCCAUGACCUGAUGGAGCCAGAGAAAGAGACUUCAGGCUGCUGUGGGUUUAACUAGAACAAAUGGGAUGAGAUCGAGGUAUUUCAACAUUCAAAGAGAUCUCACGCUUACUAACAUGAGAUUUGUGUUUAAAAUAAUGCCAAAUGCAAAGACAACCAGCAGAUGGUGCUGUAGUGCAGAGUAAUGUUUACUGGAGACUUUAUGCAGUAUUAAAGAAAACUUAAAAACUUUGAUUCAUAUUGAGUAACAGAAGAGCCAAACCUAUAUUUUAUUCUUUACUUAUAUUUAAAUCAAAUGACAUGAUGUCACAGGAACCACUGAAGAGUCAAACAUACCCAGGCCAGAAUAAAGCACCUGGUGGUUAUAUAGGAGCACAUUAUGAGCAUCAGAUGGCAGUAAAGCUUUAAUUCUCUAUUGAAGCUUUAUGUUUACAGCUGCAUGUCUAUAAUGAUGAUGAUGAUGAUGAUGAUAUUCUUAUUCCUUUAGUGAACAAACGCUGACAGUGCGUGUAAAUGAAUGAUGCAAAUGUAAUUAAUAUUCCUUUAGAUUAUUAGAAUAGCAGGUGUGUUAACAGAUAAAUGAAUUUUUAUGUGCUGCAUUUGAAUCUCAGGAUAUUUACUGGGAAUAUUUAAAGAGCUCAGAUGUAAAAACCACUUAAUGCAUCUGGGAUGAUUGAUCAGAGUCUUAAUAAAUUCAGCCUAAAACCCAGUAUUUCUGAAUGGCCUUAGGCCGGGAUUAAGUGGAUUUGAAGGAAAAGUAUUUGAUGAAGGUAUAAUAUGUACCGAGAGCAUUGGGUUAAUAUCAUCAUCUCAUUUUUGACGGAAAUGACAUUUAGUGUUUUUGCAUCUGAGCUCUUCAUUUAUACACCAUUAGAAGCUCUAAAAUACUGCAAAUAUAUCAAAGGAAAUAUGCAUUUUUCUCCUUAGCUAGAUUAUUAAGAUUGAAUGAUUCAGAAUUACUGUUUGCAUUUGGAUUAUUAAUAUUAGCUGAUUUUUUAUGAUAAUGUAUAUCGAGAGAGGUUGUGAUUAUUCUGCCUGUGUGUUUCAUUUCAACAGAUAUAUUAAGAUGAUUUUAAUCAGAUUUUAUUAUCAAAGUAUUUUGUUUUGGUUUUCCCUCUAACAAACUCCAGUAUCGGUUUUCCUGAAAUGAAAACACUUUGCACAAUUUUGUGUCGAUGUCCUCAGGUCUUUUGCUGUUUGACUUUGUAAAAUGCUUAGAAAAAGUUAUAAAAUAAUCAGUUGUGUCAACUUUCAAAUGUGUGUUUAUUCCUCAUGGCUAAAUCUAAUGUCGUUUAAUUUUUAGAUUUAAUUUACUUUGUUUAUCCAAACAAACUGAGAUUUGAUCAUGUUAAACAAUUUACAGACUAACUAGAUGCUUGACUAAGUGUUAUGAGUGUACUAUAUGAGUCUGAUUUGAGCGAGAUAUACGAGUUAAUACCACGGCCUGUUGAAUGCUUUAUUCUGAUUGGUUGAGAAAUGUUCCAUAGGUGUUGAUUAUUAUUAUUUUGUCUUAAAAUAACCACCAGAUCAAAGUCUGGGGUAUAUAAGAGGAAUAAUUGAAAACGGGCCAUUGAAUUAUAGUUAUAAUGCGGCAUGACGCAGAGCGGGUGUACAUUAUUUUCAGAAAAUUCAAAGAGGAGGGAGUCAAUUAUUUCUGUUAUCACAGACAUUGCUCUAGUGGUUAUUUUCAGACAUUUGACAGAUCAGGUGUGCGUUUAUUGAAAAAAUAAUCAACACCUGUGGAAGAUUUCUCAACCAAUCAGAAUAAAGCAUUCAAUUAAAAAUAAUGCGGUGCAUUUGACUUGCGGUGCAAUGCCAUUACCACCUUUGGUGUGCAUUAAUUUCAAAUAAUUCAACGGCCCGUCAUCAGUUAUUUCAUAUGUGAUAUAUGAAUGUGAGUGAGUUAUAUGAGUGUUAUAUGGGUGUGUUGAGUGUGUUAAUAGUUGCAGAGACGCGUGCAUUGUGUUGUGUUUUCCUGCUCAUCUGAAGCUCUUCAUCAGGAACAAUAGUGUUUCCUGGCAGUUGUGGGUCAUGAUGUCUC